AUGUCUAGAACAAUACGAAGCGCUUCGAUCUCGCGCAAGACGAACGAGACCGACAUCGCCAUAACGCUCACGCUCGACGUCGCGGUCGGCGCCGCGCAGGAGAUCAACAUCAGCAACAGGCAUCGGAUCCUAGACCAUGUGAGCUUGCCAUGCCAGUGUUCCCCGCAUACUAUCGCUUCUGCACGCUGACGUCGAUUCGCCUGCCUCGUCUCUCGUCCCUCGUGCAUCAACUCCCAUCGCGAUUGCGAUCUGCUCCGUGUACCGUGACCACGGAGUGUGCCCGCCGAUACGCCAGAUGUACCAUGCGCUCGCCAAGCACUCCAAAAUGUCGCUUACCAUCAAAUGCAAAGGCGACUUGUGGAUCGACGACCACCACACCGCCGAGGACAGUGCGCUCGCGCUCGGCGAGGCGUUCAAGCUCGCGCUCGGUGAACGCAAGGGAAUCAGGAGUACGGUACAAUCGCACCCACUCGACGAAGGUAUGUCCAGCAGCUAGUGCUUCAUCCGUCUUCCUCCACCCGCACUGACAUCGCGGCGCACUACCUUUGCCGACCGACAGGCCCUCUCUCGAGCCGUGCUCGACAUCUCGUCGCGGCCUUACUUCUGCGGCACCUUCAACUCAAGCGGGAAAAGAUCGGGACCUGUCAUGCGAGAUGAUCCCGCACGUCUUUCAGUCCGUUUGCCCAAGGUGCAGGUGACGCUUCACGUGGAUGUUAUCAGAGGCGAAAGAUCACCACAAGUUGAGUUUCACAGGACAGGGUGGAACGCUGGUCCUCCCGACAUUGGCUCGCUCCACCUUUUCCAUGACCAUUGUCUCUGCGUAAAAACACAUGGGCAGCAAGCUGACAGACACCUCAAUCUAAACAAGCACAGAGCGAAUCCGCCUUCAAAGCUUUGGCGUUGGCGAUCCGAAAGCGAUUCAAACCGAUGGCUCCGACGAUGUCCCUCGACCAAGGGCGUUUUGGCGCUCUAAAAAUCCACCCUGUAUUCACACCCCACAUUAACAUAUUGUACUGGUAA